AUGAACGCCAGUACAGCCCCACAACAACCUGCCCUGACGAAGGAUAUAAUGCCGUCAAUACCUCUCCUGGCUACAGAACAUGACAAGAUUCAAGAACAGACCGAACGUGGUCGCUACUCAGUGUUUUUAUCCUCCCAGACAAAGAACGACUCCAAUCUUCGAUGGUUACGUCUUGAGAGCACUGAAGAACUGAAAGCAAUACUUCGCAAUAUGUCUGGCCUGAAUACGAUUGACGGAGACAUGUACACGUUUGAUUAUAAUGGGGUUUGCUAA